GCGAGCUUCCAGAAGCGCGCCAAGAAGACCGGGGAGGUGGACGCGUCUCCGUCCUCCCCGGAUUCUCCGGAUUCUCCAAAGGUGGAGCUCUGGACGAGGCUGAAAGACCUCCUGGAGCUCGAUCGAAUCUCGCCAGAGGAAGAGUCACCAGAGAUUCUGGAGGAAGUGCUUCAUUCGCUGGGUCCGGCCUGGCAGGAAACGUUGGAGCGAUGCAAUUCUCGCCGGAGCAGCAAAGCCGAGUCUUUUUUGUCUGGCGAGGACGAACUGAAGGCUGCCCUGCGUGAGGAGGAGCGCGAGCUCCGUGCACGAAAAGCGCAAGAGAGGGCAAUGGAAAUCGACAUCGAGGCGAAGGAAGCGCUGGUCGGAAGGCUCAUGGAGCAGCGAGAAGAGCUGAAGAUGAAAACGCAGGAGCUUACGAAGCAACUGGAGCAAGGAGUUGCCGAACGAUGGUUCUGCGGCUGCCUACAAGGUGUAUCCUCGCUCUUCAGUCGCAAG